CCACCCCUUUUUUUGGAACAACGCAGUUACACAGCCAGACCUCAAGAAUCUGCCCUUGAAGUCAGCGCCAGUUUGAAGAGGCUCCAAUAGAAAGGUGAGUGUACGUAAUAAUUUAAAAUAAUGUCAUUGUUUUCAAUCUGUUGCUUAUUUAGCCUCAUGGAAAUACAGUGUGGCUCUGUGAUUUAGCGUGAGAGGUCAAAACUGCAUGAUACAUCACAUUUGUAGUGACAACUUUAGCUAGCUACGUAAGCUAAUCGGUAACGCUAGCAAGGCAAACGGAUCAUGUUGGUCAAAGUCAAGUUCAGAGGCAUCCAGAAAUUCAUUAGCAUUUCCGAAGCCAAGCUCAGUGAACUGCUUGAGUGUGCAUUCCAGAAGUUUGGCAUCUCCCUCAGCCAAUUGCCUAAUGCAAAGCUCUUUGAUGACUCCAAAACUGAGGUUGAUCAUGAGGUGUUUGAAGAAGUGAUCGGUGCAAAUACUGGUGUUUAUGAGCUAUCCAUUGAUGGUGUCUCUGAAGGUUUGUAUUGUCUAAUCAAUGUCAUGUUGUUGUGUUUUUUUCAGGCUGAUAUAGAUGCUAUUGAAUUCUUUUUCCAUGUUGAUAAUUGGCAGUGGGGACACAGGAUUAUACUCUGCAUUAAUAAUGUUAAAUGUCUAAAUAGGACAUGGGUAAAACAGAUGACCCAACCUGUAUGUCCUAGGGUACUCUUUCUCGUUGGGUUGUUUUUAGGAGACCUUGGAGGGGCUCUUUUACCUGUUUGGAAGAAAAUGGUUCUCAAACUUUACGUAAAAUAUUGCUAUGCAGGUUUUGUUUCUGAGGCACCAGCUGUUGGCCAGUCGACACCUGUAAGUCAAGAGGACUCUGAUACUGACUCUAUUGUCAUUGUGAGCGAAGAAAGUCCCCAGGGGAAACGGUCCAGACCAAAUAGAUCUGAUGCCCAUGCUUUGGUUGACGAAAUACUUCGCAAGAAACCUGGUGGUGAUAAUGUCAUUAGGGAGUAUGACAGAACAAAAAUGUUGUCAGACAGUACACGGCGGAAAAUGGUGAACAUUCUAGUAGCUGAAAUGAUGGAGAAGCAUGGAAAAAUGCCACCACGCCAUGUAAGAGAAAUGUAUGCACGGGGAAUUAUCGAGCUCUUUCCAUACCUGAGGGAUCCCCAAGCAAAACAUGGCUACGAACAUUACUAUGAUUCCCAGAGCGGCCAGGGUUACCUCAGUUGGCGAAUAAAGACAGUCCAGAGAAACAGCUCGCACGGGAAAUCACCAAUCUCCAUCAAGACAUUUGAUGGAGGUCCAACAGCACAAAGACAAGUUGCAGGCACCUCACAACACUCUGAUGAAGACUGCGUCAAUGCAAUCUCCCUGAUGAAGCAUAGUGUUGAUGAAGAAACAGUCAAGCAGAAAAUGAGGAGUACCUUUCGGUAUCGAAGGAAUAUGGUUGAAGAUCCUGAAAGAUGUGGCGAUGUCCUGGCAGAAUACCCACGUUUUAAAGAUGUGAAAGGCCUAAUUGAACAGGACUUUGUGGAGCUGUUUGGAGAGGCCACAAGCAACACAUUUAAGGAGAGAUGGCCCACCGCCUUCAAAGACAAAAUCCUCGCCCAAAGUAAGGGACUACACCGCACAGCUGAGCUCCAAGAACUCAUUGAUGUUGCUGAAUCAUCUGACCAUGUCAAUAGUGAUCGUGAAGAUAUGGGAUGGGACAGUGACAUGUCUGGAAUCCUCCUCCUCCUGUAUCUAUUUCCACCUUCAGCACAGGGUCGCAAGCAACCUGGCAAGAUGGCGGCGGCUCAAGCAGAGAAGCUUCUCGUGGUGUUUCAGAAGGUUAGCCCAACAGUGAAUAAAUAUUACAACCCGCUGUAAAACUAUUGCAUUAGACAUUUUAUCCAAUGCAAUUGUGUUAUGCAGUAGUAAGGCCUUCUGUGGAAUCUGUGGAAUUGGAAGCUUGAUAUACUAUUUUACAUGGUCUGGUCCCAGAAGCAGGGUAUUUAGGAUAUUUUAUAUGCAACAUCAUGUAUUUACACAACCGUUCAAAAGUUUGGGGUCACCUGCUCAUUUUUAUAACCAAUUAAAAUAACCAGAUUGACUGGAAAUUGAACAAAUGUUUUUUGUUCUGUUUGUGUGUCAUCGACAGACAGGAACCAGCAUACAACAGCACCUUGAUUCCAUCGAAGAGAGAAGACAGCCCUAUCUUCUUGCCACCGGUACCAAGAAAAGUCGC